AUGGACUCAUCCGACACCUUCACUCUCCUCCCCCUCCACCUCGACCCCGCCACCAAAGCCAUCUCAUACCAAGGCACCCCCACCACCGCCCUCACCACCGAACUCACCGCCCUCAACGACCUCCACCGCUCCCUCCUCACCCUCGACACCCCCAACGGCAUCCCCCCACCCCCGGUCCCCGUCAACCCCAAACGCACCGCCCAAAUCAACAAGCUCCGCGAAUCCGGCAACGACGCCCUCCGCAAAGGCAAGCCGGCCGAUGCGCUCGGACUGUAUACGCUCGCGCUGAAGAUGGCAGCGCAGCGGCCGCCGUGGGAGCCGGCGGGGCUGGUACGCGAGGAGCUGGCGCAGCUGUAUGGGAACCGGGCACAGGCAUAUAUGGCGGGCCAGGGGUGGGCAGAGGGGGCGGUAGAUGCGAAGUGCAGUGUGGAGUUGAAGAAGGUAGGGAACGCGAAAGCGUGGUGGAGGCGGGGGAGGUGUUUGGUGGAGAUGGGGAGGUUGGAGGAAGCGAGGGAAUGGGUGGGAGAGGGGUUGGAGUUUGAGGCGGGGGAGCAGGAUUUGGUGGGGUUGCUGAAGGAGGUGGAGGUGUUGAUUGAGAAGCGGAAGACGUGGAGUGGGUGA